AUCUGUCUGUGUCAGUGGUUCUCAACCUUUGGGUUGAGACAAUUAGAAAACACUAAUUCCCAAUGGUUUUAGGAACUGAGAUACUGCUCAGUUACAACUUUACAAUUAUAAAGUAUCAACAGAAAUAUUUUUUUGUUUGGGGUCACCUCAAGAUGAGGAAAUGUAUCAAAGGCAGCAGCACUAGGAAGGUUUAGGACUGCUCAGUGUUUCCCUGGCUCUGUGGGAACUUGCCCUGUAGGUCAGGCUGGCCUUGAGUUCACAGAGAGCCUUUGUCUCUGACUCCCAAGUACUGGGAUCAAAGACCUGUGCCAUGAUGCCUGGCUUGAUUCUUUUUGAAAAAGAAAUGUAUCAUCGUCCAAGGAUCUUUGGCCUCAGUGAGCUUUGAGGAUGUGGCUGUGCGCUUCACCCAGGACGAGUGGGCCUUGCUGGAUUCUUCCCAGAAGAGUCUGUACAGAGAUGUGAUGUUGGAGACCUGCAGGAGCCUCGCUGCGAUAGGAAACAGAUGGGAAGAGGAGAAUGUUAAAGAACAUUAUAGAAAUCCCUGGAGGAAUAUGAGAAGCUCCAUGUUAGACACCGCCUGUGAGAGGAGAGAAGAUGAUCAGGUUGAAGGAUCUCUGACAUGGAUAGAAAAUCUCUAUACAAGCCUGACAGCCUUUCCAGGACUAACACCGUAUGAAUCCCGUGUGUGGGGGAAGGCUUUGACAUGUUAUUCGACCUCUGAUAGGCAUGCCACAUCUGUCCCUUGUUAUAAACCACAUGAGCAUGAGGAAUGUGGAGCCAAGCAAUAUGACUUGGACUCCCUCACCAGCUGCCCAAGGUGCAUGGACGCCCACACUGGGAACGGGCCUUGGGAAUGUGAGGGAUGCUUAAGACCUUCCUGUUUUCCAAAUUCAUUAGGAAUACAUCAAGAGUCUCCCAGUGGAAAAACACCCUAUCAACACAAGGAGUGUGGAAAGACCUCUGUUUAUACACAUGGCGGAAGCCCCACUCUGGGAAAGUUUUAUGAAUGUAAUAUAUGUGGUAAAGUCUUGAGUUCCUCUACUUCCCUUCAAAGACAUGUAGUAAUUCAUACUGAAAGGCUCUAUGAAUGCACAUAUUGUGGAAAAGCUUUUAAAUAUCCCAAAUACCUUCGACUACAUGAAAGAAUUCACACUGGCGAGAAACCCUAUGAAUGUAAACAGUGUGGGAAAGCCUUUAGAUUUCCUGGUGCCUUGCCGUUACAUGAAAAAAUUCACACUGGAGAAAAACCCUACGAAUGUAAACAGUGUGGGAAAGCCUUUAGAUUUCCUGGUUCCUUGCCGUUACAUGAAAAAAUACAUACUGGAGAAAAGCCUUACGAAUGUAAAGAGUGUGGGAAAGCCUUCAGGCGUCACUACCAUCUUCAGUUACAUGAAAAAAUUCAUACUGGAGAGAAACCCUAUGAGUGUAAACAGUGCGGGAGAGCCUUCAGACGGCACAGUCAUCUUCAGAGACAUGAACGGACCCAUGCUGGAGAGACACCCUAUGAAUGUAGAUAACAUGCUAAAGCCUUUACACAUCUUAGUUAUCUUCUGUUACAUGGAAAAAUUCAUACUGGAGAAAAAAAUGCUGUCAAUGUAAACAAUGUUGGAAAUGCUUCACUUCCAUGAAACCAUUCUCAUCAGAUGCAAACCCAUGAAGGAGACACUGUAAUGAAGUGUGUAGAUGUGCUUGUCAUCUUCUGCUUCAUAAAGCUACUGAGAAAGUCGUAUGAGUGUGCACCUUGUGGUACAGCUCUCAGCUAUCACACUGGACCGUGACAAGCCCUGCUGGAAGGAAAUCCUCUGAAUGGAAAUAAUGUGGCCCAAAGGCCACACAUCGCAGUGUUCUCUUGUUGAAAGUAUCUAAAUCCUAACCCGGGGUUUCUACCCCACCUUUGCUAUUUAAGUUCUCGGAUGAAAUACACAUAUGACCUUUC